CAACCGCACAAACAAAAUUUUCAGCUCCAUAUCCACCAAAAGAAAGAUCAAGAAUCAAGAAUCAAGAAAAAUCGGUGCAAGAACCUAAGUAACUAACAUCGAUCGAUCCGUAAAAAGAUGGAUAUGAUUCCUCAACUGAUGGAAGGAUCUUCGGCUUACGCAGGAGCCACAAACCUCAGCAUCAUCGCAAACAUCUCAUCAAACUCCUCCGUCACCGGAGCCACCGCAACGCAACCACCCUCCUCCUCCUCAUCUCCAUCGGCGAACUCAAGCCGUUACGAGAACCAAAAGAGAAGAGACUGGAACACGUUCGGACAAUACCUAAGGAACCAUCGUCCACCGCUUUCCCUUUCUCGAUGCAGCGGAGCUCACGUCCUCGAGUUCCUCCGUUACUUGGACCAAUUCGGCAAGACAAAAGUCCACACGACCGUGUGUCACUUCUAUGGCCAUCCUAAUCCUCCAGCACCAUGUCCUUGUCCUCUUAGACAAGCUUGGGGAAGCCUUGACGCUCUCAUCGGUCGUCUUAGAGCCGCCUUUGAAGAAAACGGAGGGAAGCCUGAGACUAAUCCAUUUGGAGCUCGAGCCGUAAGGCUUUAUCUAAGGGAAGUUAGAGAUAUGCAGAGCAAAGCUAGAGGUGUUAGUUACGAGAAGAAGAAGCGAAAGCGUCCUCUUCCUCCUUCGUCGGCUUCUUCUUCCUCCGCCGUAGCUAGCCACCACCAAUUUCAAAUGUUACCGGGUACUAGUUCUACUACUCAAAUAUCAAAGUUUGAGAAGUAAUUAUAUAUAGUUUAAGAGAAGAAAACUUGAGUAUUUUAUGUAAUAUAAAAUGUGAAUUGCUCUCUUUCUUAUAUGUUGAUUUUAAUUUAGGUUAGUUUUAGAAUGUGGUGGAGGAAGAACUAAGGUUCUUUUGUUACUAGUGUAUGUUGGGGGUAAGGAAGGUAGGGUUUCAAUUUUUAUUUAUCUAAUA